CCCCCUCCCUUGCUUUGAUCUUGAUCACUUGCAGGCCUAAUAUGUGAAGUGACACUUUCUCGGAUCAACCAUUGUCCUUUGGUCCGGCGCUGCAGGGAAGGAAGUUCACAAGCCAAAUUAGUCACCCGCCUCGAGAUGGCGCAGGAUUUAACCGGAAGCCAAGAAGAGACGUUACACCAACAGCUACAGCAGACCAGCCCACUUGGUUUAUCACAAAAUCGAGGUUAUCGCGGCAAUAACCCUUUACCAAGUGUCUCAUCAGUAUCAUUACAUGAUCCUGCGUCAGGCAUGACACAACCUGCCUCAGUACCGCCCGGGGGGAAUGAGUCUAGCACCGACCUUCUAAGUGCCCCGGCACCUUUUGCGGGGGGUACCUCAUUGGCUUCAAGGCCAUCUAUAGUGUCUCUUGAUGAAACUGACAAGGCUUCAAGCAGCGCUGAGCCUCGCCGCACAAUAUCUGUCAAGCCAUCACUAGCUUCACUACCCGAAUCUCCAGAUGCUUCACAAGGGGCAAGAUUAUCGCCAAUUCAGUCGCCAACUACUGUACCUAAAGUAGUACCCGCAUCACCAGCAAAAGCUGUCAAGUCAACUACUGUGCCCCUGGCCCCAGCACAUGAUCCGGGAAAGUGGCAGACCAGAAUUAGAGGUUAUAAAAGGUCUUUUGGGGAUUUCUUUAGAAUCUUCUCCUAUUCAACAUGGAAGGACCGUCUAUUUCUGUGCCUGUCUGUUACAGCGGCACUUGGUGCAGGUGCUGCAUUUCCUAUAAUGACUAUCAUCUUCGGGCAAUUGAUCGGCAACAUCGCAUCGGUGAGAGGGACUACUAUCCAACAGGCGCAAGAUAGCUAUCGGCAUCUCAUAAGUGAAUAUGUACUUUAUCUGGUGUAUCUCUUCAUAGCUAGAUUCAUCCUAGGAUAUAUCGCGACUCUAGGAUUUCGUAUGUUGAGUCUUCGUAUAUCAUCAGCAUUACGCUUAGUAUACGUGAAAACUCUCCUCGAACUCCCUGUCUCUUUACUUGACAACCAACCCCCUGGUCAGAUCGCAGCCAUCGUUACAACCACUGCCAACACACUACAAAUAGGCAUUUCCGAGAAACUAGCUGCGGUUCUUCAGACCUUGUCAUCGAUAGUCGCGGCUCUCGUAGUAGCUUUUACUCACAGUUGGAAAUUGAGCCUGGUGACAAGUAGUGGAAUCCUUCUUAUUACAAUAUGUUACUGUAUCACUAUCCCGUUCCUGGUGAGGAACAUGAAGCAGGUCGAAGAUGCAAAUAUCAAGGCAUCAGCCAUAGCUAGUGAAACUUUCACAUCGAUAAGGAUGGUUGCUGCCUUCGGUGCCGAAUGGAAGAUGGUACAGAGAUAUAGGAAAUGGGUGGAUGAAGCCAGGCGGAGAGGGCUUCGGCUGUCAGGGAUUGUCGCUGUCCAACAAGCAACGAUUUACUUCAGCGUCUACUCGACAUUCGCGUUGGCAUUUUGGUUUGCCGUGAAGCUACUCAAUAAUCACGAAAUCGAGAAUGUUGGAACUACAAUCAUUGUCUUGAUGUGUGUUAUGAUACUCGCGAUAGGUGUCGGGGGAAUUGCGGCACCAAUAUCUGCUGCAGCGCGGGCCGCCGGGGCAGCUAGGAUCUUGUUCAACGGCAUUGACGCCCCAAGGCCAGAGACCACAGGCCUUAAACAUCCCGAGGCCUCUGCUACAGGUGACAUCAUUUUAUGGAAUGUCAAUUUCACGUAUCCAACGCGACCGAACCUUAAGGUUCUUGAUAAUCUUAAUCUGAUAAUUCCCGCUGGUAAGGUGACAGCGAUUGUUGGGCCUUCGGGUUCUGGGAAGAGUACCAUAGUGGCCUUGAUUCAACGCUGGUACGAGAUGAACGGAGACAUGGGCGAUAAGAAGCUGAUCCUAUUUUUUCGCAAUGGCUCUGUCACGAUCGGCGGGCGUAAGCUUACCGAUCUUGACCUGAAGUGGUGGAGGUCUCAGAUUGGCCUUGUUCAGCAAGAGCCAUUCCUCUUCAAUCAGACUAUCUUCGAGAACGUAGCAUCUGGAUUGGUGGGAACAGAAUGGGAGAAUGUCGACGAUGCUGCUAAGAGGGAGUUGGUCCAAGCUGCCUGUAAAGAAGCUUAUGCUGAUGAAUUCAUCUGCAGACUACCGGAUACAUAUGAAACACACGUAGGGGACGCUGGUAUCAAACUGAGUGGUGGCCAGCGUCAACGUCUUGCAAUCGCCAGGGCAAUAAUCAAACAACCUAAGAUCUUGAUUUUAGACGAAGCGACGAGCUCAAUCGAUGUUCGCGGGGAGAAAGUGGUGCAAGCUGCGCUAGACAGGGUUUCCAAGAACCGCACAACAAUCAUGAUUGCGCAUCGACUAGCAACUGUUAAGAAAGCGGAUAACAUCGUUGUACUUGCUAAAGGGAAGGUGGUUCAAUGGGGGAAUCAUGAUAGCCUCAUGGCCGCUGUUGGGGGCCCCUAUUGGCUACUGACUCAAUCUCAGGAGCUGAAGAUGGGCGAAGACAGACAUGCUGACGACACCUCCGAAAUCACCGAGGAAGAUGAACGGGCGAUGGACUUAAUGACGCUAGACAAAAGCACUGGCAAUGAAGAAGAGGGUAAUAGUGUAGCUGCUGAGGAGACUAUGUGGAAGCACAGAGGUAUCUUUCGAAGCUUCGGCACUCUACUAUUAGAACAGACGCAAAACUUGCCUUGGUAUUUACUCAUGCUCUACGGAGCGCUCAUUGCUGGAGCCAGUCCGCCUGUACAGGCUUAUAUCUUUGCCAAUCUGAUCGCUUCAUUCGCGUUCUGGGGCGAGCUUCUAAGGGAGAUAACGGACUAUUGGUGUCUCAUGUUUGUUGUGUUAGCUACUGCUGCUGCUGUCGGCUAUUUCUGUCUCGGCUUUGCAUCCACCAGAGUCGCAUUUCAUAUAACAUCUGCAUAUCGUCUAGAAUAUUUCCAUAACAUCGUUUCGAAAUCGGUAGCAUGGUUUGACGGCGACGGUCGUUCUGUGGGAGCCCUGACUGGUCUUGUGGCUACUGAUGCCACACAACUGCAGCAACUGCUCGGGACAAACAUAACGUUCACAAUAAUCUCAAUACUGAGCGUGAUUGGGUGCUUGACGAUCUCAUUCUACUUCGGCUGGAAGCUCACCUUAGUCGCAUUCUCAUCCGCGAUGCCCUUAGCUCUCGCCGCCGGAUUCUAUCGCAUCCGAGUGGAAAAGCGAUUCGAGAUGAUGAAUCUCAAAGUUUUCGCUGAAAGUGCUAAGUUCGCUACCGAAUCAGUGGGAGCCAUUCGAACCGUCACAUCUUUAACCCUUGAGGACACCAUUGUUCGACAAUAUCAAGAGUUGCUUCAUAAUCAUGUCAAGGAGGCCUUCAAACAAGCGCGAUUUUCCACGUUGAUUUUCGCUGCUAGCGAUAGCCUCCCCUUACUGGCCAUGGCAUUUGUUCUAUGGUAUGGCGGGACGCUUCUCAUUAGCGGAGAGUACAUGACUUUCAAUUACUUGGUUGUAUACAUAGCUGUUGUUCAGGGUGCAAUAGGAGCUGGCCAAUGGCUCAGCUUUGCUCCUAAUAUCGCAGAUGCGGCAGCAGCAGCGAAUCGAAUUCAAGCAAUGAGGAUACCUGAUCGAGCUGAUGGCCCUGGUACUGCACUAAACUUCAAUACUACUGACGAUGCCGACAGAGGCGUCCGGAUUGAGCUACAGGAUGUCUGGUUCAAGUACCCUACAAGGAACGUCCCAGUACUCAAUGGCUUGAAUAUUACCAUUGAGAAAGGACAGUUUGCUGCCAUUGUUGGCCCUUCCGGCUGCGGCAAGACUAGUAUUAUUUCACUCCUAGAAAGAUUCUACCAAGUCACUUCAGGCCAAAUCACUUUCGACGGAGCUGAGAUCAAUAGCAUUGACCUUGCCGAUUAUCGCAAGGCAAUAUCCCUAGUAGCUCAAGAGCCCUCGCUGUUCGAUGGAACGAUACGUGAAAACAUCGUUCUCGGGGUAGACGCCGACACAAUUGCAGAAGAUACCCUGCAUCAGGUCUGUCGUGACGCCGGGAUACACGACUUUGUUAUGUCGUUACCAGACGGCUACAACACGAAAGCAGGAAUUAAAGGCAUACUACUAUCAGGGGGUCAGAGGCAGCGAAUUUCCAUCGCGCGAGCACUUAUCCGGAACCCCCACCUCCUGCUCCUAGAUGAAGCGACAUCGAAUCUGGAUUCGGAAACGGAAAAAUUGGUCCAGGCCGUCUUUGAGCGAACGAAGAAAAGUCGGACUAUGAUCGUGGUGGCUCACCGGCUCGCCACUAUCCAGAAUGCUGAUGUGAUAUUCGUGCUAGGUGAUGGCCAAGUUCUUGAGACUGGCACGCACAUUUCCUUGCUCCAAAAGCGAGGCGUCUAUUAUAGUAUGGUAUGUUAUCGUACCCUGUCGCGCGCCACCAUGAUAUGCAUACUUAUCAGUAAAAUAGUGUCAAGCACAGGCCUUGGAUAGAUGAUUUAUUAUCGCCCUGAGCUUCGAAAUCCAUCGCAGCUAGGUAUGGCUAUGGGACGAUAGCGAGCCCCUGUUGCUAUUGUGUCCAGCUAGUACAUUUUAAGAAGGCAAUAAACAACGCUUUGCUAUGCAUGAAUAGAGACUUAGCAGUACCUGAAUGGUGUUGUCAAUAUGAACAAGUAAUGAGUGAACUGUUGCCUCUAAAUCCACGUAGUUGUGUAAGGCAGGUAACGUCGCCGGCUAAUGGAGGUGAUGGAGAUGCCGUUUCACCUGUGACACCCCCAUGCUGAUAGAUAGCAUCCAGGCACUAUGCUGGGGGUUAUUCUUCUGCUGGAUAAAUACACACGGCACAUUACUUUUGCCGAUUCCGUCAGUUUCCGCCGGAGACACAGAAUGGACAGGCUACUACUAUAAGGG